ACUGCGGGCACCGAGUCGUCUGGCGGAACAGCGGGCACCGAGUCUUCUGGCAAGACUGCGGGCACCGAGUCGUCUGGCAAGACUGCGGGCACCGAGUCGUCUGGCAAGACUGCGGGCACCGAGUCGUCUGGCAAGACUGCGGGCACCGAGUCGUCUGGCAAGACUGCGGGCACUGGGUCACCAGGCAUCAGGUCAUUUGGCUUGCCAGCGGGCACCGCGUCAUCUGGCAAGGCAGUGGGCACCGGGUCACCAGGUAUGACAGCGGGCUCUGAGUCAAUUGGCACGACAGCGGGCACUGGAUCAGGUACCGGAUCAUCUGGAUCAACAGCGGGCAUCGAGUCAACUGGCCUAAUAGGAUCGUCGGGCUGGAUCAGCGAGUAGAGGCUUCAUGCUGAGUAGAGGCAUCGGGCU